AAAAGUAGCGAUAUAUAUAAAGGAAGAGUUGAUCAGUGCGUGGAGUUAUUCGGUAGCCUGGUCGCCGCUGCAGCAGCUAAUAGUGUCUUCUCUACAUCAUUAGCCAUCGGGAUCCUCUGUUGAAAAGGUCAGACGAGACUCAUCCAAUUGUUUGCGUUGGUAACUCCCGCCUGAAACAUCGCUUUAGACGCGACUACAUUGUUGCAUGUUAACUUGCGGUUAGGAACAUAUUCAUACCAAUCACGUCAAACCACACAACAUUCACUGCUUCACAUCGGAGUAUUGCAGCAUUUUGAUGCCACGUUUUGGGGGAAGAGGCAAUUUUGCGACAUAGCUACAGGAUUAAACAAAUUCUUCUGGUGUUAACCCACGCCGAAUUCGACUAUGAAGUACGAAGUGGUGUCGCCAUGGGUCUUUCUGUUCGUCGUCAUCGUCGUCCUGAUCGACCAGGGUCGUGCAGAUUCCAGCGUCCUAGACGAGGAUGCUUUGAGACUACAGAACCAAACGGCAGAGAUCUUGAACCGGAUAUUUGAUGGUUAUGACAAAAGGCUGCGUCCUGGUUUCGGAGGCCCUCCUAUUGAUGUUACUGUUAGCAUGUAUGUGUACAGCAUGGGUCCCAUCACCGAGUCCAAGAUGGAAUACACACUGGACAUGUACUUCCGCCAGCAGUGGCGUGACGAAAGACUACAAUUCGAUUCCGAGGUCGGCCUAGCACUCAACGCCGAAACCCUCGAUAGUUUCUGGGUUCCCGACAUCUAUAUCAUCAACGAGAAAUCAGCCGCUUAUCACACCGUCCUCUACAAGAACUCUCUGCUCCGUAUUGAACCCACGGGCGAAAUGCUCUUCAGUACAAGAUUAACUGUGACUGCCAGCUGCAACAUGGAUCUCUCCACCUUUCCUUUUGAUAAACAACGCUGUUCCCUCGACAUGGAAAGCUAUGCAUACAGUGAAGACGAUGUUAAAUUCAAGUGGCUUGAGAACGGUCCUGUCUACGUGGACCCUAAAAUCUCACUACCUCAAUUCAAGUUCCUAGACUCCAGUGUCCGGUCAAGAAUCGCCGAAUAUUUCGUCGGGAACUACACGGUCGUCAGCGCCGACUUCUACCUCGGCCGCGACAUCACCUAUUACGUCGUCCAGACCUACAUUCCGUCGUCGAUGAUCACCUGUUUGUCUUGGUUGUCGUUCUGGAUCAACCGCAACGCCGUGCCCGCCCGCGUCGCCCUGGGUAUCACGACGGUUCUGACGAUGACAACGCUGGUUGGUAACGCAGGCAACUCCCUCCCCAAGCUGUCCUACAUUAAAGCAAUCGACUUGUUUCUUGGUAUGUGCUAUUUUUUCGUGUUUGCUGCCCUCUUGGAGUACGUCAUCGUCAUCUACUACGACCAACCUCGUUACAAGAAAGCCCGUGAACUCAUGAAAGAGUUUCAAGACCAUGAGCACGCAGCCAACAAGGAGGAUUCAGCCAGGACAAAUGACGUGGCGAUCGCGAUAGACGAUGAAGGAACCUCAAAGUCACGAUCCGAACAGAACGGUCGGACGUCGACGUCGAGCAGCCGAGAUCACCGUCGACCUCCGACAUCGCAGGACAUCAACCGCAGCCUUCAGUUGGACGCCAUGCGCAAGGCCGGCGACGCCGACUGCGGGUUUCUCGAGGGGAAGGUGGAGACGGAAGAACCGGACUGUAUGCAGGAGACACUGUGCUCGUACGCGCAGUCGAUCAGGGAGAAGGUGUGCGUCUUCGGGUUCAACCCGUACUCCGUCGACAAGGUAGCGCGGGUCGCCUUCCCUCUGACGUUCUUCAGCCUCAACCUCGUCUACUGGCUCGUCUAUCUCGUCUUCGAUAACAUCACCCUCGAAGAUCUGAUGAACAAAGAAACGUAACGCUGGUCGGUCCCGGGGAAGAACCUUUUGUACUGACACUUCUACCUGCGUGUUUCAAUAUCGAUUUCAUUGCAUAUAUGAAUUACGAUGUGCUUAGAAGUAUAUUUAUCGUUAUUCCA